UAAUAAUAAUAAUAAUAAUCAAAUAAAUAAAUAAUAAUUGAUUGAUUGAUUGAUUGAUUUUCUCUCUCACAGAGACACACUGAGUCAUGGAAGUAGAGAGGAGGAGCUUCUGCUUCUUCUUAUUAAUUUUUCCUGUUUUUGUUGGAGUGCUGUGUGGAUCAGCAUCAGCAUUACCUGUUGUUCCUAAAAACCCUCUUCUUGGAAUCCCUCCUCAAGAUGAGAAUUAUUACAAGACAUCUUCAAAUACUAUAAAAUGCAAAGAUGGAUCCGCUACUUUCACCAAAGCUCAGCUUAACGAUGACUUCUGUGAUUGCUCUGAUGCAACCGACGAGCCUGGCACAUCGGCAUGCCCUGGUGGGAAAUUCUAUUGUAGAAAUGCUGGACAUGCUCCUCUUUUCUUAUUUUCUUCAAGAGUCAAUGACGGCAUCUGCGAUUGUUGUGAUGGGAGUGAUGAGUAUGAUGGCCAAGUUAAGUGUCCAAAUACAUGCUGGGAAGCUGGCAAAGUGGCUAGAGAUAAGUUGAAGAAAAAGAUUGCCACGUAUAAGGAAGGGGUUGCUUUGAGAAAUAAAGAAGUUGAACAAGCAAAGGCGGCGAUCGCCAAAGACGAGGCUGAACUAUCCAAGCUAAAGAAUGAGGAGAAAGUGCUGAAAGGGCUCGUUCAACAGCUUAAAGAGCUUAAAGAACAGAUAGAGAAGGCAGAAGAGAGAGAACGUUUGCAGAAAGAAAAGGAAGAGAAAGAAAGGAAAGAAGCUGAAGAAAAGGCCUCUGGGGAGAAAAGUGCCAUUCAGAGGGAAGCUAACGAAGGACAGAUUGAGGAGAAAAUUGACAACGAAGACAAAGAUGUGGAAACUGCUCAUGAUGAAAUCAGUGUUUUGGAUGAUUCUCCUGCACAUCAGGAUGUUGUGGACGAGUAUGCUGAUCAUGGAGCUGAAGAUGAAAGUAGUGGUGAUUCCAAAAUUGAAGGAUCUCCAGUUAACAAAGUGGAGCAGCAUGAGGGACAAGAGGAUGAAGAGUCUGUAUCAACAAAAAAUAAGGAUGACUCUACACAUGUGCAUGAAAUUAAUCAUGAUGCUGGAAAUGAGGUGUCUCAUGAUCAACCUAUGGAAGACGGGAAAGAUGGAUCCACUGAUGCUGAAGGGUUGUCAAAGGAAGAGUUGGGCCGCCUUGUUGGUUCUCGCUGGACAGGAAAUCCUGAGAAAGAAACUGAGGGAGUUAGUGAUACAAUGGACAAUGACCAUGAAGACAAUGAAAAGAUGGCCCAGGACACUCAUGAUGAGGAAUAUGAUGGCUAUGCUUCAGAAACUGAUGAUGACACUGGCAAGUAUGAUGAUCCUGAUGUAGAAGAUGAUAUAGAUGAGACUUAUGAAGAGGCUGUUCAUGAUGAUGUGACUGCUUCUUAUAAAUCUGAUGCUGAGGAUGAAGUUGAAUUUUCAGAUACAACCUCUCCAGGUAAUCCAUCUUGGCUGGAGAAAAUACAGCAAACCUUUAGGAGCAUUCUACAAGCUUUCAAAUUCUUCCAAACUCCAGUGGACAAAUCAGAGGCUGCUCGUGUACGCAAGGAAUACGAUGAGUCCAGUGCUAAGUUGUCUAAAAUACAGUCAAGGAUAUCAAGUUUGACAAAAAAGCUAAAACACGACUAUGGGAAAGAGAUGGAGUUCUAUUCAUUCUAUGAUCACUGUUUUGAGAGCAAACAGAACAAGUAUGUUUACAAAGUCUGCCCUUUCAAAGAAGCUUCUCAGUUGGAGGGCCACUCAACAACUCGUUUGGGGCGCUGGAAUGAAUUCGAGGAUUCAUACCGAGUUAUGGUCUUUUCAAAUGGGGAUAAGUGCUGGAAUGGACCGGAUAGAAGUAUGAAGGUCAGGCUAAGAUGUGGAUUGAAAAAUGAGGUUACAGAUGUAGAUGAACCAAGCCGUUGCGAGUAUGUGGCAUUGCUAUCUACCCCAGCUCUUUGCAUAGAAGAAAAGCUCAAGGAGCUGGAAAAUAAACUAGAUUUGAUGAACAAAGAACAGCCACAGAGCCAUGAUGAACUUUAACUUGUCGGGAUGAGCUUACUGCAAACAUUCUAGAGGAUGCUGACUGCACGGAUAUUGAUCUCCUGAAAACUCAUCCAUUGAAUUUUGAAAUAUUUUGGAAGUCACCCAGGUUAUUUGCGCGUUGGUAGUUUGAGUAAUUAUGAGCAGUAUUAUAAGGAUGCUCACGAUUUUUUUUCUAUUCUGGAGCAUGCCUUAGUGUCACAUGUCUAAUUCAUUGUGACGGUUGGGUUGAGGCAUGGGAGCAUUCGAGACGAAGUCCUGGAAGAUGAACUGAUUAUAAUAUGAUUGAUAUUGUAACACUGUAUUGAACCAAGUUUAGAUUAUCACUACAAUAAUAAUAUGGACAGUAGUAGAAAACAUUUUUGUUGUCGGC